AUGAGGAUAUCCCUGGAAAUCUCGCAUUCGCCAUCUCACAUAGCUCGUCGUAACAACAACAGCAUUGUGAUCAGAUGUGAUUUCUUUUACUCUGGCCAUCUGGCACCGCAGCGCGCGUUGCUCGAGGUUCACAAAAUGCGAACAGUUCAGCCUAAAUCAGCUGACGCUUUCAUCGAAGAGGCAUUCGUUCGCCGGGAAUUGGCCGAUAAUUUCUGCUAUUACAAUCCGAAGUACGAUUCAAUCAAAGGUGCUUAUCAAUGGGCCCAAGAGACACUACGCUUGCAUGAACGCGACAGGAGAAGCCCGGCAUACGGUGAUUCCGAUAUGGAGGAUGCUAACACAAAAGACGAUCUGUGGAAUGCUACACAACGUCAACUGACGCGAACGGGCAAGAUACAUGGCUUUCUGCGCAUGUACUGGGCCAAGAAAAUCCUCGAGUGGCAUAAAGAUGGCCCGGCAGCUGCACUGAAACUGGCGUUACGUCUGAACGACAAGUACAGCUUAGAUGGUACAGAUCCGAAUGGCUUUGUAGGUGUAAUGUGGUCCAUCUGUGGUGUGCACGAUCAAGGAUGGGCGGAAAGGCCAGUAUUCGGGAAAAUCCGGUGUAUGACUUACAAAGGAUGCGCCGGGAAGUUCUCAAUUCCAGAAUUCGUGUCACGAUAUUCAAGCUGA